GACUGGUCAUCGGCGGACGAAUCGUGGAACUGGCGCAUUUUCAGUUAUUGGUGAUUGGAGAUCUUCAAAUAUUACACUGAUUAUUGGUUACUCUGUUCUAAUAAGUUUAACCGCGGAUGAGUUCUUAACUUGUUGUUGCAAAAUAUAACUUUGUAAACAAAAAGUUAACCAAGAAAAAGAAUUUCGUUUGCAAGGUGAAGUCGUAGCAAUUCAAGAUGUCCGUAUGCUUCUUUGUGCCUGCCGACCAAGCCGGUACUUCAGCGGUGUCGGAGGAGGGCGACACCGAAGCGGCGGUAGAGGAGGGCUCCUCUCCGGAGAGCAUCCAGCACAGUCUACAGGUCUUCUGGGCUAAAGUCACUGAGGAUAUCAAAAAAGUUACUGCAGAUGAUUUCAAAACACAAGCGCUUCCAUUGGCGAGGAUUAAAAAGAUAAUGAAGCUGGACGAAGAAGUAAAAAUGAUAUCUGCGGAGGCGCCCGUUCUGUUUGCUAAAGCUGCGGAAAUCUUCAUACACGAACUGACACUCCGCGCCUGGUAUCAUACUGAAGAAAAUAAGAGACGCACGUUACAGCGUAACGACAUAGCGACGGCGAUAUCAAAGUCUGACCAACUAGACUUCCUGAUAGACAUAGUGCCGCGGCAAGAAGUUAAGGUUACCAAGCCACGUGAGGAUCCGCCGCGAACCAACAAUACAGAUCAGUACUACCUUCAGCUGGCGCAGCAGCAUCAGGCGGCGCUGCAGGGGACUCAGCCGCAGUAUGUGCUGCAGCCCUGCGCUCAAGUCGUACAGCAGUCGGGUAACGCGGCGACGACCUCAGGGGGUGGACAGCAGCCCCUAACCCUGGUGCAGCAGGUGGUCACCUCCUCGGGAGAGCUGCAGCAAGUUCCAAUCCAGCUGUCACAGGCGCAGCUUAACAUAGUACGGCCACAGCUGCAGAAUAAUCAAGGCCAGUUGAUAGUGAUACAGGCUCAGCCGCAGCAGACGCCACAGAUAAUUCAGGUAUCUUCACACGCCGGUCAGAAUCAACCGCAGCAAGUGUUCCUAGCGCAAGUCGCCACCACUCAGGAGGAAUCUUAGCGACGUGAACCUAAAGUGAUAUAAUUUGGACUCGAAUCUGUGAAUUUGUGUGAAAUACUUUGAAAUUUAUAGCAACAUUGUAAAUAUUAACUAAGCAAAAAUAAAUAAAUAAAUAUAAUGAUUAA